AUGAUAUAUGACGAUCUAAAGGGUUUUUUGGUGGAUCUACCAUCCAGGUUAGACUACACCCAUGUUCGUCCGAUCCAACAGAAUUUGUUCAAAGCACUUUAUUAUUCUGUUACUAACAGGGGAGAGUAUCUUGAUAGAUUAUUCACUGUAUCAGAUAUUGAAAAAGAACGUUUAGAAAAUUUUGGAUUCCCAAUUACCAUUGCACUCGAACGUAAACCCUUUUACAGACAAAAAGGUAAAGAAGCAGUGGGUCAUCCAGUAGGUAAAGCAUGCUCUCGUGCUUUUAAGAAAGGAGAAUUGGUAUAUAGAUGUGAAGAAUGUGGUUACGAGGAAAGUUGUGUUAUUUGUCAAUAUUGCUUCAACAAAGAUGAUCAUAUUGGCCAUAACGUGACUUGUUACUCCUCGGCUGGUACUAGUGGUGGUAUUUGUGAUUGCGGUGAUCCAGAAGCUUUUGUUAACGAAUUACAUUGUUUGACUCAAAAGUCGAACUAUACUGGUGACGAAUCUUUUGAAAUCGAAGAAGAUUUCAAAAACGGUAUCAAGGAAACAUUACAAAUUUGUCUUGAUUACAUUUUGGAUGUUAUGAAUUUUUCUAUCCAUACGUUACCUCUUAUCCAUCAAAAUAUUAAUGGAAGAGGUGAUCUUGCAUUCUCAACAAAACACAUAUCCGAUUAUUCUUCAUUACCUCACACUGCUUAUGGCUUACUGGAUUCUAAUUCAGAUGAUCUUUGGUACUUGAUUUUAUGGAAUGAUGAAGUCCAUGACUAUAAUGAAGCCAAAUCAGGUAUAAGAAAAGCCACUAAUUGUGAUCUUCAACAGGCUGAGAAAAUUGCAUUCGAAAUAAAUAAUAAUGGUAGAUGCAUACUUAAGGAAGCUAGAGAUUAUACGGAUUUAUUAGCUUCUCAAAAGCUGGCUGAAUCAGAUGGUUUGGUUUCUACCAUUAUGAGUGCUAGGGAUUUCAUGAGAGAAAUGAUUGUCCAUCAAUUAAUAAAUUGGCUCAUUGAUGUUACCGAAUUUUCUUCUUCAAUCUCUUUCCGUGAAAACUGCAAAGAAAUACUAGCAGAGCUUUUAUUACAACCAGGUUUCGAAUUCUCCAAAUUAUUCCCAAUGGAAUUUUUGAGAGAAACUAAAAUUGAUAUUAAAAGAGCUUGUUUUACUAAUGGGUUUUUAUAUGAUGGCCAAAUAUUGGACCUUGGAGCUACUUCAGUUAAACCUGGUCUUGAUUUAACAUCAUUGCAAGGACCUACUAAUAAGUUAUUGACAAAUGAAAAUAAAGCAGGUCCAAUUGUACACUCAAGGUUACAGUUUUUACUUUGUUUUGAUAUUAGGUUCACUGCUUUAAUCAGAAAAAAAUUACCAAAAUUACUAAUUUCUUUAUUAGUAUCUGAUCCCGAAAAGAAAGCAAGGUUUGCCCAUCAAUUUAUCGCUAUUUAUCCUAAUCUUAUGAAUAUAUUUGCUUUAUCUGACCGUGAAGAAGGUCUAAAUUUAUUAAAUGAAAUAACAGUUCAACUAUUCACUUGCCAAAAAACAGUUCUGAAUAUUUUAUCGAAUAACUUAGUUGGUAAUAUUAUAGGUCCAAUUACUCAGCUUAUAGAAGAACAAUCGACCAAGCUUGAUCCUUCAAGUGGAUACCCUAAUUUUAUCGAACUUGUUCAUGACCUUGGAAGUAAGCGAAGAAACAUUUCCAAAAAAGUCGCAAUCUCGAAAGGAAUUCGUGAUAUCACCCAUCUUGUUAAUAAAUCUAUAUCUGGUCAUAAUAAAUUAGACGUCUUCUUGAUUAGAGAAAAUUUGACAAUGCUUAUUCUUUUUUUGAGGAACUUUCAAGGGUUUUGGCCAAUUAUUAAAAAGUAUGGAGAUCAUGUUGAAGUGGAACUUUUAGAUUUCACCGUACAUCUCGAAUAUUCGUCCCCAAUUCUAUCCAUUGUGCAAAGCAUAACAGAAUUUCCAACAUCCAAUAUCGAACUCGUGCGUGAUGCUAUCAAAUAUUUGACAGACUUUUUAAGCUUACGAAAAAUUCGAAAGAAUGCCCCUGAGAUAGCUGACUUCAAAGUUAGUAAAGAACCGGUAUCUUUUAUUAACCCGCUCAACUCGUUGUUGUCUUUUCUCAUUCAGAUUAAUGGGUUCAAAAAUGUCGAGGACAUAUUGGUGUCUCCAUCGAAUCCUUCUUUCUUGCCUAUAUCCGACAUUUCAUUAAGAAGCAUUGUUUUAGCUUACCAAGUUAAAACUGGAUUUUGGAUUAGAAAUGGUAUAUCUGUUUCGAAACAGGCUUCCCUCUAUAUGGGAUCCUUGUUGCGUGACGUAGCUUUCUUUCGUGAUCAGUUCUUAAUGCAAGUUGCCUCGGUGGUACAUGAACCAAAUACAUUCUUUUACAAUGUAUUAGAUCGUUGGGAAUUACUAGAUUGGUUCAAUAAUAAAGUACCACACGACAAAACUGUUUACGAUCAUAGAUUCGUUUCCAUAAUCGAAUGCUUAGUAAUUUUCUUUUAUAAUAUGAUCACCGAUAGAUAUGAUUUACGUGUGAUAACUCCAGCAGAAAAAAACAGACAUAAACUAAAGAAUGCAAUUUGUUAUUCCUUAUGUGACACACCUAAGGCUUAUUCCAACAUCAAGCCAAUUUUUGCUAUUGAGUCAGGUGAAUCUUCUGAUUAUGAUGAAAUUUUACAAGAGUGCGCUGACUAUCAAGAACCCACAGGUUAUUUUGGUACUGGUUUGUACAGGCUCAAACCAUCUAUGUACAAUAGAAUUGACCCAUUAAGCUUGUAUCUAGAUGCCAGCCAGCUGUAUCAAUCAGUUGCUGAAUCUUUGAUGAAGAACACUGCAAACGAGAAAAAAGUAGAAGAAAAGAGUGUUGUAUUGGAGCCCGAAAUAAUCACUUCGGACUCUACCAUCGUCAACGAGAAAGUUGGAGCUUUCAUGAAAACUAAGCAUUUUGCUAAACUCAUCUAUAAGUUGCUUCAAGUAGCUAUAGAUACUUCUGAUGAAACCUAUUUACCCCAAUUAUUGCAUUUAUUCCAUGCUAUACUUAAAGACGAUGAGUUACUACAUGGCGACAAUUACUUGAAUGAAUUCUUUGUGACGAUUCCAAUCAGUGACUUAUUGCUUACAAUUGUAGAGUCUCCAAUGUCAAGUCAUGUUGUAUUCAAGGCAGACCAUUUAAUGGAUAUGCUCAUGAAGAAAGAUGAGAGGAUUGUUAGCUCUUUAAUUGACUGCUUUGGUGAAGACCAUGUUCAAAGCUACAAGAGGAGAAAGGCUGCUGCAUCUGAGGCUGAAGCUGAGAAAAGGAAAGAAAAAUCGGAUAGGCGAAAAGCAAAAAUCAUGAAGAGAUUUGCAAAACAACGUGAAAAAUUUUUAGAAAAUAAUAUGGAUAUCGAUAUCGGAAAUGAUGAAAGUAAGGAUUCCGAAAUUAGUGAAAAUCAUGAUAUGCGAGUAUGUGUCUCGUGCGGUGAUUCGGAGUCGUUAGAUAAUCCUUUUGGUAUGUUCGUAAAUAUAUCGAAAGCGUCAGUGUUUUUGAAAGUGCCCGAAUCUUCUGAAGAUGAGGCUCAACUUGCGUUUAUUCAACUACACGAUGACUUAAAUAAUGAUCUUUCUAAUUACCCAUAUCUUGAUAUGAGGAAAGACAUAACUGAUUUUGUUGCACAUCUGUGUGGCCAUGGGAUGCAUAUUUCUUGUUACCUUCAAUCUAACGUAAAGGCGAGACCUUGUCCCUUAUGUCAUGCUCUUCUGUUCCUGUUGAUCCCUAGUCUUCUAGUACCACCUUCAGGAGGAUCCUUUCCUCAAAAUUCAAUCACUGGACAGAGAAUCCAUGAUAGAUAUAAUAAGAUAAUCGAGUCUUGCGGGGAAAGUUCCGAUCCCGAAGUUAUGAAUAGUGUCAUUGAUCCUCGAGUUAGCCCUCUGUCUCGUGAAGAGGCAUCUAAUCUUUUGCAAAGGCAAUUUGUGAAGUCAUUGUCAGAUCCAAAAGCUCCUGUUACUCAAGAUAAAGAAGAAUUCAUUAGUAUGAUAGACAUGUCAUCAUUAAUUGCAAAUACUAUUAGAGCAAAUGAAAUAUCUAGUAGAUUUGAGAGUAAAAUUCACCUUGGGUCAUUUGUUGAUGAUAUAACACCAGCAACAAAAGCGUUGUUGAGAAGUUUAAUUCAAUCUAGAAUGUUGCUUCAAGAAUCAUAUGGUGGAUCCAGUAGUAAUUAUUCUUCUCAAAUCGCUUCAUUUUGGCUGAACAUUAAUUGUCUUCCUGACGUGUUCAAUGAAAUGGUGCAAUUAUUUUUUCAGACAGAUGAGUCUUUCUCAACUCUUGCAUACAUUUCCUAUAUCAAAAUGGUUUCCAUGAUAAUUUAUUAUUUGGAUCGUGUUCUUGAUCAUAAGGUCGAUUUGACUAAAGUGCCAUUUAAAUUCGACGAAGAAGAUGAAGCUGCAGUAAUACUUGCAGUAGAGACAUUAUGCUUCACCCACGAAGGAGACCUCGCAAGUAUGAGAGAACCCUCAGAAGUAUUCUUUGCCAUUCAAAGAUUGACCUUACCCUUGUUAAGACGUAUGUGGAUUUUUAAGUGCUUAUUAACUUCCAAAGAUAAAGGUGGUAAUGUCUAUGCACUAGAAUCAGGAUCUGAAUCUUUUGAUUUAGAAUGUGAAGAUAAGAAUGAAACAGCCGAUAGUUUAUGUUCGGCAAUUGGAAUACCCAAAUUAAGUACUUUAUUAAGAGAUAUGUUUGAGCCUGAGAGAAGUUCCUUUGAGCAUAGAAUGUUCGAUAUGUUGUUUUCUGCUAAAUUACCAUUGAAUAAUAUCCUUAUAGAUUACCCAGGUCUUGUUAAGUUGGUAGACCUACCAUCUGAUUACGGUGAAUGUAUUGUUAAUUAUGUUACUAGUCAUCAUUUUGCUGGUCCGUCAGUUUGCUUACAUUGCAAUCUGACUACUAGUACUUGUGUGAACGAAACUCCUAUUUUCUUCGAACCUAAUUCGAAUACUUAUAUAGUCAAUAUUGAUAUUGGAGUUACAUGUUCCGAAAGGUUGCCUGGUCAUUAUUUAACCAAACAUGGUGAGCAAAGGAAACAGAGAUCAACUGAAAAGGCAUUUCUUCAUAGGGGAAGAUAUACUCAACUCAACAAAAUGUGGCUUACCCAAGAAGUCCAUGAAUUGAUAACUAGAAGAAUUUUCGACAUGCUCGAAAUAAAUCAAGAUGAAGAAGACUCUGAAUUUGUCCCGUCGGAGGAUGAAAUAGAAGAUGGGUUUAUGUUUUAA